GGGAUAGCGGGACAGCGGGAUAGCAGGGCACCGGGACAGCGGGGCACCGGGACAGCGGGGCACUGGGACAGCGGGGCGCAGGUAACACUGACAACCAGCCCAGCCCCGACCCCUGGGCGCGUUGCCCUUACCGCUCCUGGGCGGAGCAGCGCCCCGGGACAUGGGAGGGGCGAGCGAGCGGCCGAGGAAGUUAAAGCAGCCCUAAUUAAAGAUCGGUUUUUAAAGAAGUCAUGCUGUCAUUGAUUCAAAAAGAGGUGCAGUUUUAGUGCUGUGAUCUAUGCUCAGGAUUUCCCGGGAUGUCGUUCCAGAAGUCUGGUCACACAUCCUGACCACGUAACUCUGCUUGCCCAUUUGUCUCGAAAGAGUAAGCUUUGUGUUUCCUAGCCAGGUAAAACACCAUAGUUUUUUACACUAAAGGUGCAGAAUAUUUGGCUAGGUCUCCACAACUGUUUUCAAAGCAAUAUCCUGUUAUAGACAUGCAAGAGCUGAGCUAUUGCUCAGCUCUUACAUGUGAUAUGUUAAGUCUGAAGCUGGCAUUAGCUUAACUUCUCUUUGUAUCUGUUUUAGGUUCGAAUAACUCGUAAUGAACAGGAUCACUGGCAUAUGCAAUGGAAGAGGGCAAGGUUGAAGAUGUGCAGGAUGUUCUACGACUGAAUGUGCGAGGCUGUUUAUACACAGCCAGGCGCGAGUCUCUGUGCCGCUUCAAGGAUUCCAUGCUGGCUUCCAUGUUUAGUGGACGCUUUCCUCUGAAAGUGGAUGAAUCGGGAGCAUGUCUAAUUGAUCGAGAUGGAAACCUGUUUAAAUAUCUUUUGGAUUAUCUUCAUGGAGAAGUUCGGAUUCCUGGAGAUGAACAAAUUCGAACUGCACUGCAGGAGGAAGCAGAUUAUUUUGGAAUCCCUUAUCCAUACAGUCUGUCUGAUCAUUUGGCCAAUGAAAUGGAGACAUAUUCUUCAAGGUCCAAUAUAGAGCUUAAAAAGGCUUUAUUUGAUUUCUGUGAUUCUUACAAUUUAGUUUGUACCAAGCCUACAGUUUGGGUCCUGCACUAUCUCAACACUUCUGGAGCAAGCUGUGAAAGUAAAAUUAUUGGUGUGUAUGCCACAAGAGCUGAUGGGACUGAUGCCAUUAAUAAGGCGCUAGGAAUGAAAAUUCACAGUAAAAGCAUGUACAAAAGAGAAGCUGGAAAUAACAUCCAGUACAUAUGGAGCUAUUACUCAGUAGCUGAGCUGAAAAAGAUGAUGGAUGCUUUUGAUGCCUGGGAAGGGAGAGGUGUCAGCUACUGGAGAGUGCCUCAGGAGCUGAUUGAAUGUUGGACUCUGGAAGAACGCCCUCUGAGAGGCAGUUUGCUUCAUAUGCCUCCAGUUUAUAAAAGACGAUUAAUUGACUGUACUGAAGUGGAAGACUGUUUACCAUGUAAAGUGGGUCCCCAGCCAAUUAGGUUCUCAGGUCCCUCCACAAGUACCCACAUAAAAGUCAAGAAUUCAUCCUCAUUAAAGGUAGCUGCUUGCAAUGCUACACGUUCUGCAGCAAUUCUUAAACGACCCCACAGUGAAAGUCUGAUGCUGCACAAAGAAGCUUCUGAAACCAGAUCCACAACAUACACAUCAUUGCCCAGCAAGUCCCAGGCUCCCUGUGAAAGGCAGAGUGCUGGCAAGGGGACACUGAGCCAAAUGCCAUUCCAAGCUGCAGGGAGUAAGAAGCCUGGGAACAGCCGUGCAGUGAAGCUGAAAAGGAUUCCGCUUUUUCUUGUGACACCAUCUCCGCCACCUUCUUCUGCAUCCAGUGAAACAAGUGACCAGGACAGGGUUGCUGUUGAAAUGCCUACUACUUCUACAGUACUACACAAGAAGGAACCAGCUGUAUUAGCAGAACGUAUUACACACAAGAAUGAUAAAGUGGAUGGAUAAUGUUUGACUCGGUCUGAUAGACUGGACAGCUCUGCAUUAUAGAGAUCAUUAUCUCAUGUGAUCUUUAUUCAAAGAUUAGGAAGAAAAUUGUGAUGAAAAAGAUAAUGAAAAGCACAGGAAGAAAUUGUUUUAAGUGAGCACUAAAGUGUGUUUUCUGCUUUAUGUCCAGAUAUUUUUUAGAUGUUGGGAAGAAGAAAAAUGGAUUUAAAAAAUUGCUCUAGCACAUGCAAUUUAACUUCCCAGUAACUCCCAUUUGUAUUUCUGUUGGGCUGUACCAUAAAGUGAGUACUUGCACAGCAUAAAAGAAAACCUCUCUAUCAACUUUAACCACAACUGAACCUCAAUUUGUACCUUUCAAGGUGGGGGGAAGGAAUAGAUUAAAGUAAGUAGCUUUUAUUAGAUACAGUUUGCCACAAGUGUACAACCUAUGAGUCCUGUAGAGACCCUGGAAGUUGAUGCACUUAUAGGCACUUCUGCUGAGGGUAAAUCACCAUUUCUGUCUUACUAGCAACACAAGGGAUCACCUGUGCUUGUACACUUGAGAGAAAAUUCAGAAAUACAGGAAGGGAAGAAGUGUGCUGUGUAAGUAACAAGGCUGCUCUCUCUGGAGAGAACACACAUUUACAGACACAGUACUGUGGUGUGAUCUGCCACUGGUGUUUUGUGUCACACCACUGGGAGAUGCCUUUUCUGGGGCUGCAGGCUCUGAGUUACACCUGGCCUUGUGUGUCCUUCUGCAGGUCCUUUCAGAUCAGGAGGGCACAACCUCAACUUGUGUGCAGCAAAGCACAGAAGUUGAGGUCGAAGUGCCAUGGUUUGAAGAAGUCUCCCUCCUUCCCCUGUGCAGGCUGGAGGAGACAUUCUUGUAGCAGGGCAAAUGUUGAGUAAUGAUACUGAAACAAAGAGCUGCUGUAUGUUUCUAUCAGCAGAAGAAAGGCAAGUUUGGAUCAUUGAUUUUUCAAGAGCCCUUUUAGUUGUUUAAGUCAGUGAACAAAACCUGGCUUUGUUUUGUACCCUUGCUUAGAGCUGGGCACUGGGUUUUUUUGAUGUUUUUAUGACUACUUUUGCUUCUCCAGCACAGUAAAUACAGCUGUCUCUGCACACUGAGAACACUGCCAAAAAACAAGUUCUUAAAAUUCCUGAGACUAUUAGAAUUACAGAAGGGUUUUUUAAAUUUUUAAUUGCUAGAUCAUUUAAAGCCAUCACAUUUUCAGGCUUUUCUCCCAAUCGUAAGGA